GUCAAAGAUCUUAUUUUGUUUUGCCUAAAGAAAGGUUUAACCGCAGACACUUGCAGAUUCCACCUUUUUUCACUUAAAAACAUAAAAUCAAAGAAAGUAAUUCAGAAGAAGAAGAAGAAGAAUAGGUGCUCCAAUGGCAGAUUGUAAAAAAGCUUCAAAUUUGAACUCUAUUGAUCUCUCAUCCCCAGAUAUCUCUACCUCUGUUUCCUUACUCAAACAGGCAUGUAUGGAUUCUGGUUUUUUCUAUGUUACGAAUCAUGGAAUCAGUGAGGAAUUUAUGAAUCAAGUGUUCACACAAAGCAAGAACUUUUUUGAUCUUCCAUUGGAGGAAAAAAUGAAGCUUCUUAGGAACGAAAAACAUCGAGGAUACACCCCUGUUCUUGAUGAACUUCUUGAUCCUGCUAACCAACUCCAAGGUGAUCACAAGGAGGGGUUUUAUAUAGGUGUCGAAUUGCCUGAAGAUGAUCCUGAAGCUCAGAGGACAUUUUACGGCCCAAAUUUAUGGCCCGACUCAGAUAUCUUGCCUGGAUGGAGGCAAACAAUGGAAAAAUAUCAUCAACAGGCCAUGGAAGUAGUUAAAAAAACUGCAAGGCUCAUAGCUCUUGCACUUGAUCUAGAUGCCAACUUUUUUGAACAACCAGAAAUGCUUGGAAAGCCUAUCGCGGUCCUACGGUUGUUGCAUUAUCCAGUUGCAGGCCAGGUAUCCGAGCCUGCAAAGGGAAUAUACGGGGCUGGUGCGCACUCUGAUUACGGUUUGAUUACUCUCUUGGCAACAGAUGGUGUUUCUGGACUCCAAAUAUGCAAAGACAAAGACGCGAAGCCUCGAGUGUGGGAAGAUGUUCAACCGUUAAAAGGAGCGUUUGUGGUGAAUCUUGGCGAUAUGCUGGAACGAUGGAGCAAUGGUAUUUUCAGGUCAACGUUGCAUCGCGUGUUGGGCAACGGGCAAAAACGAUACUCUAUUCCAUACUUUGUGGAGCCUAGUCAUGAUUGUGUGGUUGAAUGCUUACCUACCUGCCAAUCAAGAGAAAACCCUCCCAAGUAUCCUCGUGUCAAAUGUGAAGCAUAUCUUCUUCAACGAUAUCAGGACACCCAUGCUGAUCUUAGUACAUACAAUAAACCUUGAAUUUGAAUGCUUGCCAUGGAGUUUGUUGUGUAUUGAACAAUGCAAGUUUUAGCAGGAUAUGUGUCCGAAACAAAGAAUAUAUUUUAUUUAUAUGAAGCAGUUGAUAUAUAUCAACUUAUUAUAUCAUAA